GUGAAAUAUAGACGUCGUAUGGAAAAUGGAAACAACAUCAACAAAAAAAAAUCAAAAAUCAAAACUCUUCACAACCUAUCUAUUGAAAACGAAUGCUUAUUGUUUUUUACAUAACUUUCAAAAUUGAAUUAGAGGCAAUAACGACAGUGAGAAUUUCAAAUUUCAUUUCUGAGGCAAUCGCAUAAUUCCCACCGGCGAUCGGAGAUGAGCAGCGCGAGACUGUGCUCUCUUGUGGCGGAGCUAGGUUACGAAGGCGCCGGAAAAUUGGAUCCCGAUAGCUUCGAAUGGCCGUUUCAGUACGACGAUGCUCGACCUAUCCUCGACUGGAUCUGUUCCUCUCUUCGUCCUUCCAAUGUCCUCUCUCUCGCCGAACUAUCACUAUAUGAGCAAUUUCAACGAGAUGGGAAACUCUUAGAGGGCGAUGAUCUAGACCAGGCAUAUGAUAGCAUAUCAGCAUUUUCUUCCAGGAGAAAUAACCAGGAGGCCGUUUUUGGAGCAGAAGAAAGCAUUAAAGAAGUAAGAGAUGCAACUUUGGCGCAUAAGGCUGAAGCCUUAGAGUUGCAGAGGCAGCUAAGGCGGUUACAAACUCAAUAUGAUUUACUCACUGGCCAAUCUUCAGCUCUUAUUCAAGGGAGACGUGCUCGAGUUGCUGCAACUUCUGCUGUCUCUGGACAGAUAACAGCUAUAGAAGACAGUUUAUCUGCUCGAAAUUUGCAGAUGAAUGGAGUUCUAGGAAGACUGGCUUCCACUUCUCAAGAGCUGGCGCAUUAUCAUUCUGGCGAAGAGGAUGGAAUAUACUUAGCAUACUCCGAUUUCCAUGCCUACUUGGCUGGAGAUUCAGCCUGCACAAAGGAGCUAAAUCAGUGGUUUGCUAAGCAGCUAGACACAGGGCCAUACCGUUUAGUUGCAGAGGAAGGAAAAUCGAAAUGCUCAUGGGUCAGUCUUGAUGAUACAUCUAACAUGUUGCGAGAUUUGGAAAAGUCACAGCAUCAACGUGUAGCUGAACUCCAACGGCUUCGGUCCAUCUUUGGAACAAGUGAGAGACAAUGGAUUGAAGCCCAGGUGGAGAAUGCUAAGCAACAAGCUAUUCUUUUGACACUCAAAUCUCAAGUAACAUCAGUGGAAGCUCAUAUUCAUUUUGAUCUACAUUCUCUGAGGAGAAAACAUGCAGAUCUAGUCGAAGAAAUCUCUACCCUUUAUCAGAAAGAAGAAAAACUCUUAUCUGAGACUAUUCCCGAACUAUGUUGGGAGCUCGCACAACUGCAGGACACCUAUAUCUUGCAAGGUGACUACGAUCUAAAGGUCAUGCGUCAAGAACUGUAUAUUAGUAAACAGAAAGUGUUCAUCAAUCAUCUGGUUAAUCAGCUAGCAAGACACCAGUUCUUAAAAUUAGCAUGUCAGCUAGAAAAGAAAAACAUGCUUGGAGCAUUCUCUCUGCUAAAAGUAAUUGAAUCCGAACUUCAGGGCUACCUCUCCGCCACAAGAAGCCGUGUGGGGCGAUGUUCGGCACUGAUACAAGCUGCAUCUGAUGUGCAAGAACAAGGAGCAGUAGAUGACCGUGACAGCUUUUUACAUGGAGUUAGAGAUCUCUUGAGCAUUCACUCAAAUACCCAAGCCGGAUUAUCAACUUAUGUCUCAGCUCCAGCCAUCAUUCAGCAGAUAGUUGCUCUUCAAUCCGAUCUGUCGUCUCUUCAGUCUGACCUCGAGAAUUCCCUUCCAGAUGACCGAAAUAGAUGCAUUAAUGAGCUGUGUACCCAUAUUCAGAAUCUGCAGCAACUGCUCUUUGCGUCUUCAACUACGGCACAACCCAUAUUGACACCUUGGCCACUGAUGAAAGAACUUGAUGAAAUGGGGAAAAUCAACUCCAAACUCUCUACAGCAGUGGAAGAGGUGACGCUUGAGCACCGCAAUAAAAGGGAGAUUGUGAAGCAUCACGCCAAGGACGUGGAACUUCAAAGGCGGGUAUUUGUGGACUUUUUCUGCAACCCAGAGCGAUUGAGAAACCAAGUGAGGGAACUCAAUGCACUCGUUCGUGCUCGCCAAGCCUCAUCAUCGUAGGUUCUCACUUCUCACCAUAAGUACAUAGCACAAGUGAUCUCUCUUAGUUUUUUGUCAUUUCACUUUGUGAUUGUAUUAUCUAGUGGUUGAUUGAUUUUACUUACUGCCCAUCUUCUAUUGUUUCUGAGUUUCGUGGUUUGUUGGGGUUAUUUGAGCUUUUCUUCUUUCGUUAGUAUUUUCAGUUGUAUAAUUCUUCUUUUGCCUCUUAUUUUUUUGUGUGUUACAUUUGUUCUCCUACUUUUGGUUUUAAAUUCAUCAUUCUCAAAAAAAUAAUUUCCAGUUCAAAAGC